GCACAAUUUGGUUUAAUGUGUGACCUAAAAUCACCCUCAAUGAGGUUGUAACGGUAUAAUUCUCUACUUUCUAUUUAAACCCACAAAUCUCAAGUAAUCUAACCAUUGUGUCAAAUCACAACUGUACUGUAUAAAUCACUACUACUGAUUCUUGUGGGCUUAGUUAGAGUAGAUCUUUGAUACCUUUAAAGCUGCAAGGACACCUAAUGCAUCCUGCUGAAGAACUAAUGGGCGCGCUACACAUUCUUUGGGGGAGGGCUCUGGGAUGCUGUUCAAACUGACUGCUGCCUGAAGAAUCAGGAAAUUCAGAAGUGACACACAGAUACUGGAACAGCAUUGCAGCUAAUAGACAUUUUGUUGGCUCACACAACACAACCAUGGCUAGCGAAGACAGGGAUAAUAAGACUCCCGAAUGUUUUCCAGUGGAUGACUACAUAAAGAGAUCCUACCUUCCGAUCAUGUAUGGGAUCAUAUUUGUAGUGGGGCUUGUGGGUAACAUCACCUCAAUCAUCAUCUACGUGGUCAGGCUGCGCCCAUGGAAGAGCAGCAGCAUCAUCAUGGUGAACCUUGCCUUGGCAGACCUCCUGUAUGUUCUGUGUCUGCCCUUCCUGGUCCACUACUACAUCCACGACGACUGGAUCAUGGGCGAGGCCAUGUGUCGCAUUGUUCGCUUUAGCUUCCACUUCAACCUGUACGGCAGCAUCCUCUUCCUCACCUGCCUGAGUGUGUUCCGCUAUGUGGUCGUGGUCCACCCGCUGAGGGCAGCCCAGGUGCAGAGGACGAGCUGGGGUGUGAUCGCCUGCCUGGCUGUGUGGUUCAUAUCUGUGUUGGAGAUUAUACCCAUGGUCCACAUGAUCACUGUGAAGAAGACUGAGAACAAUAUGACGUCAUGCCUGGAUUUUGCGAGUAAUGAUCCAGAAGAGGUGUGGGUCUAUGGCUGGCUACUCACUGUCCUGGGCUACCUACUCCCCCUAGUGGUGGUGUGCCUGAGUUACAUCCGUGUUGCAUGUGAGCUGGCCGGUGGGCCACAUGAGGGCCGUCCGAACAGGGUGCGUGCCCGCAGGAUGACUGUGCUGAUCCUGGUUGUGUUUGUGCUAUGCUUCACACCCUUCCACAUCCUCCGUGCCCUGCGGGUGUACACCCAGAUGGAAGCCCAAAGGCCGGUGCCCUGUAUGCUGCUGAUAGGGGUCAAUGCAGCCUACACCAUCUCCAGACCCCUGGCAGGGCUCAACACCUUCUUCAACCUGGCUCUGUACACUCUGGCUGGAGACAGGUUCCACCAGGCGGUCCUUGGCCUCCUCCGCUGGAGACCCCAGUUUCUCAAGACCAAGAGGCCCAUCAUGGUGGCAGUGAUCGGCCAACCAGGCAGAAACAGUAUGUCACAGGCUAACGUGCUAAAGAGCUGAGUCAAAAUACUACACAACAUUUUGUAUACAUAUGGUUGAUUUACUUCAUUUCAAAACACAGAAGUCUAUUUUUUGGUGUUGACAAAAAGAACUAUGUCCUUUUUACUACUUACUAACUUAGUAACUUACAAAUGCACUGCUCGCCUUUGAGUAACUUUAUUAGGUGCUGUCUUUCUAGGGUGACCAUGUUUCUGAACGUUACUGAUAUUGUCGAAAUGUUUGUGCCAUAAAACUGGUUCUGUCAACUGCCGUGCAAGAUAAAUCACAGCAGGGUGCUCUUAUCUUGAGUAGACUGGAUUCAGUAGGGAAAUGCUAGGUUUCUGGGUCAGUCUUUAAUUGACAAUACAUUGCAUUAUAACAAGCUGUACAAUCAUACAACAUAUAAUCAUGUUAAGAAUUAAACAUGUUAAUCACUGUCAGUAAAUAUUGGACUUGUAUUUGAUUUGAUUGAACCUUUAUUUGAUCAGGGGGGGGGGGGUCAUACUGAGAGAAAGGUCUCUUUUACAGAUGAGCCCUGAAUUACAUAAAUUACAGAACAUACACACAUCAAAAUAUAAAUACAAAACGCAAGCAGAAAGAAAAACAUCUUCAUCAAAUGCAAACACAUUCAUCAUUAAUAAGAUCCUCAAUCAUCUUUCUGAAUUGCCCUAGAGGCACCAGGACAUCACAUUUAAGAACAGCGAAGACUUACAAUGUUGGACUCAAAUUUUGUCUCAAAACAUUGGACUGAGGAUAGAACACUGUCAUCUAUGAUCUAGCUAUAGAGUCAUAGAUUUAAUAAGAAUGUCAGACUUCGCUGCAGGUGAUUGCUUAGAACAGAUGUGAACCUUUUCCUUUCAUACGGCUGGCACUCGAGUGGGGCACGAUUAGUAGAAAAGCUCAGAAAGCUUUCACAAUAGAAUAAUAAUAAUCAGUUAUUUAGGGAAGAAAUAGAGUAUAUAUGUACGACAAUGGGUUUUACAUGACAUUAUAUCAUGAUAGUGUAACGAUCCGUUUGUGGAGGUGGACAACUGUUUCUUCACAUCAGCCAACAGUAAAAAAAAUCAACAGUGAUUUCACAUUUCACUAAAGGUGCCUGUCUGUACACAAUAAUAAUCCAGACAUCUGAACUUCCUCAAACAAACCCAGCAGGAUUGGUACCACAAAGCAGGAGCAUAUAAAAUAAUACAGUACAUGUUAUGUUACCUGUCUGAGAAGCUAUUCUCCUUGUUUGUGGGUAUGAGUCAUUUUCCUUCCUCAUACCACAGCUAGGAGGAAAUAAGCGGGAUCUGUCGGGAGUAGACUAGACAGCAGAGUCUGUCUGUCUGUCUGUCUGGUGGUUCCUGUCUGGUGGUUCCACUUUUCUUUGCAAUAAAAUGAAUGAGCUUUCUGAAAGAAGAUGAGUCUUCAUUCAUUCAACUUAUUAACUGCACUAUGUUGAGAGUCAGGGCAAUUUCCUGCAUAGAGAGAAGCUUGUAUUAGGCAGGUAAUAGUCCAAUCAGUGUCUUGUAAGCAGACCAAUAUUUCCAUCCCUUGUCACUGCUGAAUAACAGCAAAUGAAAGAGACUGAUGAUUGUACAGUGCAUAUACCUGUAUAUAUAAACUGCUAUUUCUGGACCAGAACAUUCUGAAUGAUUCUCCCUUGUUCCCUUAUUUCUCCCUUAGUAAUAAUCUCACUAUAGCAACAGGAAAGGAACUUGAAUAUUUCCUUUAACAAGUAGUGGUCUUCUCAAUGGUCCUCUCCUUUCUGCCUAAUUUUCGUGUUUUACAAUGCAUAUAAUAUAUCUCAUUGAAAUGUAAUCCUCAGGAGACAGACACACACAUGAAGUGAAACACAUCCACUAUAUACCACACUUCAUUGUGAUGCAUGAUUAUGAAAAUAUUGGUGGAGAAAAUACAGGCCAACAUCUUGCAUACACAACCAAUGCUAAUAAUUCACGUAAACAAGUUUAAUUUCGACAGUGCAUGACCUACUGAUGAAGAUAGAUGUUGGACGCCUGGUCACCUGACUGGGACUGUGUUUAUCUGGGCUGUUUGCUAACGCGGACGAAGCUAGUGCUUGCAUUGCAUUUUAAAGGUCAAGACCUCAUGAAUGUGGUUAAAUGUCGUUGAAUAACCUUCCUAAUGUCUAUGGCUUCAUCCCAAUGAUUCCAGGCAGAAAAGGGUCAUGUUUGUUCAAUGCAUUUAUUUCUAAUAUCUGAAGUAGUAUUCACCCAGCCUUGCAGACCUGACAAGAACAUUGCUGAUAAAGUAUAACACGUCAAAUGGCAUCAAGACUGUCCUUUUCAUACACAACAAUUUGAACAGGAACAUACAGAUACAUAAAUGUAGAAAGUUCUCCCUCGUGUGAUGCUAUUAUAACCUUUUUCCUUUUAGACAAACUCCCUUGUUUGCAAUAAAUAAAUGCAAGAUUACCUGUUUUUCAAAGAUGUGCACUUAAGUUGAGUGGCAGUUGAAGUUCAUUCAAAUCACUCUUUCACAACAUGGCAUGUCACAGGGCUGUGGGGAUGGCAGUACAAUAUCUAGUGUGACAUUCUCUUUUUAGGCUUGAUUUCACCGCUAUAUUUACACUGAGGUCUGAUAAGGAUAAUAGGUUUGAAAUAUUCAUUUCAGACUUUGCGUCAAUAUACACAUCACAAGUUUGAGCAGAUAACAACUACAUGAAUAUAAGCUGUUUUUUUCAUCAGGGAGAUUGCUUCA